UUGUGAGUUUCUCUUCGGGAAGUUUCUUCUGUUACUGAUCCAGAUCCCCCCAAUAUAUCACCCACAGGAGGAGAGAACCCCAAUAUAUCACCCACAGGAGGACCCCCCCCCCCAAUAUAUCACCCACAGGAGGAUGUCCCCCUAAUAUAUCACCCACAGGAGGGCGUCCCCCUAAUAUAUCACAGACAGGAGGAUGUCCCCCAAAUCUAUCACCCGCAGGAGGAUGUCCCCCCUCUUCCUGCUUAUUCUGGGAGUGUCAGGUGUCUGCUCUGACAGUCACACGCUGCGGUAUUAUCAUACGGGGGUCUCAGAUAAAGGAUCGGGGCUGCCGGAGUACUCUGAAGUUGCAUAUGUGGAUGAUCAGCAGAUUACACAUUAUAGCAGCGACUCUCGUCACUUCCAACCUGUGGCUUCGUGGAUGAGUAAUGAGGAACCGGAGUACUGGGAGAUACAGACACAGAUUGGUAGAUUCCAUGAGGCUGUAUGCAAGCACAAUGUGAGGACAGUGAUGAGUCGCUUCAACCAGACUGGAGGUCUCCAUUCCUUCCAGAUGAUGCGCAGCUGUGAGCUGAGAGAUGACGGCAGCACCGCGGGGUAUCAGCAGUACGGAUAUGACGGGAGAGAUCUCAUUCACCUGGACACAGAGAGCUGGAUCUAUAUCCCCACCAUGCACGAGGCUCAGAUCACUGCACAGAGAUGGAACAGACCAGAUGUACAAGAGAUAGAGAGACAGAGGAUUUAUCUGCAGAAUACCUGUAUAGAGUGGCUGAAGGGACACAUCAACAAUGGGAGAGAGGAUCUGGAGAAGAGAGUUGUCCCAGAGGUGAAGAUCACAGGUCACCGGUCAGGCGAGGUCACAAAGCUCCGCUGUCAGGUGUACGGGUUUCACCCCCGAGCUGUGGAUGUGAAGUGGAUGAGGGACGAGCAGGACGAGGUUCUGUCUGAUGAGGCCAGCCGGAUCCUCCCCCAUCCUGACGGCACCUAUCAAAUAAGAGUCACCAUUGAAGUGCCGGCCGGGGAGGAGGAGCGUUACUCCUGUCAUGUGGAUCACAGCAGCCUGGAGAAGACGCUCAGCGUGAAGUGGGAGCCUAGAAGUGGCCCCUCAGUCGGGGUGAUCAUUGGUGCGGUCAUCGGAGGUCUCGCUGUUCUCGCACUUGUCAUUGGCGCAGUUCUUAUAUACAGGACAAUGUAUCACAUCCCUAAAUCCAUUCAGGUCCUCUUCUCACUUCCUGCUAUUAUUCAAUAA